GACGUGGCGAGUUCAACUCCUUAUACAUUCGUGUGUGUAAACAAGAUAGCUGAUCGUUUUCAAUUUCUAUUUAGACUUUUCUAUACUGACGGCGCAAGUAAACAGCGUACAUAAAUUAAAAAUCGAUCCAAACAAUAGCCGGCGAAUCAUGAACAAGUUUCAAAUUAUUGCGCCGGGUAAAGUAAUUCUCCACGGUGAGCAUGCAGUCGUCUAUAAAAAACCAGCUCUAGCUGCCGCUGUCGGGCUUUCAACGAAAUUACUGUUCUAUCCUCAACCAGAAAGUGAUGUCGCUAUUUUUAAUUUGGAAACGCUGAAUUGCACCUUUGAAAUUCAAUUAAAGCAAUUUAAUGACUUUAUUAAAGAUAUUCGCGAAAAAUACCCAGAGAAUAAACUUGAUUGUACCGCAAAACUACUUGAGGAUGUGCGCGCUGUUAUUGCAAAGCAAUUCGAUGGCAGCACCAAUAAUUCUCCAAAAUACCAGCAAUCACAGAAAACAUUUUUAGCUAUCUACUAUCUGCUGGCUGGAGCAGUUCUGUCCGCCCCGAGUGAACUUACGUUAAAAUCCGGGUUCAAAAUUCAUAUUGAUACCGAAUUAAAUAUAGGAUCUGGUUUGGGCAGUUCUGCAUCAUUCGGCGCCACAUUAGCAGCGGCAUUUCUACUUAUCACCGGACACUUCGAUGAAAAAUCAUACCUUAAAUUGGAAAAUCGAGCACUCAUCUCUCAGUGGGCUUUUGAAUCCGAGCGCAUCAUGCAUGGCACGCCAUCUGGUGUUGAUAAUACUGUAGUUACCUACGGCGGAAUGCUAAGAUUUGUUAAAGGCCAAGGCUUUCAGUCACUUAACAUUCAGCGGCCACUCAAUAUCAUGUUGGUAGAUAGUCGCGUUAAUCGCAGUACCGCAGAUAUAGUGGCUAAGGUACGACACCUCUGGGAAACAUUUCCGAAGGUAAUCGAUUCCAUAUGGGACGCAUGUGAAGAGAUAGUAGCAGAUGCCAUACCAUUGUAUGAAAGCUUUGGUAAUGCUAAGGAUGAUAGUGUAAAGUUUGAAAAACUUGAACGUUUAUUCCAAAUAAACAAUGAUCUGCUCAAAGCUAUCGGUGUGACACAUCCAAAAUUGGAGCAAAUAUUCGCCAUCGCUUUUAAACGUGGUUUCUUUAGUAAGAUAACGGGUGCAGGAGCGGGUGGUUUCGCUGUUGUGCUAUUGCCUGAAAAUUAUGAGAGUAAUGAAGUUUAUUGGAAGUUGAAAGAAGAAUUAGAGUCCGCGGGUUUUGGAGUGCAAUCUACUACAGCUGGAGGCGAAGGAUUACGUAUUAAUGAUUUGGAUGAUUAGUUUUUUCAUAACUUUGACCACGAAUAAUUUAAUUUUAUCAGUUGCAGGUUCAACAUGUUCUUGUGAAUGAUUUUCCUCGUAAAACCGACUACUUAAAAUGAUGUUAACGAUGUAAUAAUAUAGAAUAGGAUCAACUAAACUUAUUUUUCUGGUUUUAAUAUUAUUAAGCUAAAUUAUAAAUUGCACAAAUAUAUGUUUUUUAUGCUGAAUUCUGCACAAA